CCAGCACCUCCGCGAGACCGCUGCCGCCGUCAAUUGCACUCUCUCGUCGCCAGAGAACCACUCAGCCAGCAGUUCUCCCCCUUCUCCCACAGAGUUUCCCGCGCAAAUGGCGGCUCCCAGGAUACUAAGGCCGGCCUCCCGACUGCUGCCAUUGCGGUCUCUCCCAGCAGCCCGCUACUCUGCUUUCCGACCCGCUGUCUUCUCUCAGCCUGCUGUUCAGAGACGCUCGUACGCCAACCCCAGCGGCGUGAAGGAGGUUACCGUUAGAGAUGCGCUCAAUGAGGCGUUGGCGGAGGAGUUGACUGGAAACGAGAAGGUCUUCAUUCUCGGAGAAGAGGUGGCUCAAUAUAACGGAGCGUACAAGGUGACCAAGGGUCUUCUCGACCGAUUCGGUGAUCGUCGAGUUAUCGAUACUCCCAUCACCGAGCAAGGUUUCUGCGGUCUCGCUGUUGGAGCUGCUCUGGCUGGCCUACACCCGGUGUGCGAGUUCAUGACCUUCAACUUCGCCAUGCAGGCCAUCGAUCAGAUUGUCAACUCCGCCGCAAAAACCCACUACAUGUCCGGUGGCAUCCAGCCCUGCAACAUCACUUUUAGAGGACCCAACGGGUUUGCUGCCGGCGUUGCUGCUCAGCAUUCCCAGGAUUACUCUGCGUGGUAUGGAAGCAUACCUGGCCUGAAAGUUGUCACUCCAUGGAGCUCAGAGGAUGCCAAGGGCCUCUUGAAGGCCGCCAUUCGUGACCCUAACCCAGUUGUCGUCCUCGAGAACGAGUUGCUCUACGGACAAUCCUUCCCCAUGAGCGAAGCUGCGCAGAAGGACGACUUUGUGAUCCCUCUUGGAAAGGCCAAGAUCGAGCGCCCCGGAAAAGACCUCACCAUCGUCACUCUCUCCCGAUGCGUUGGCCUGUCGUUGCAAGCUGCCGCUCAGUUGAAGUCCAAGUACGGUGUCGAGGCUGAGGUCAUCAACCUUCGUUCCGUCAAGCCGCUCGACGUGGAGGCCAUCAUCAAGUCAGUCAAGAAGACCGGUCACUUGAUGGCCGUUGAAUCUGGCUUCCCCAUGUUCGGUGUCUCGUCCGAGAUCCUCGCCCUCGCCAUGGAGUACGGCUUCGACUACCUCCAGGCCCCAGCCAUCCGUGUCACCGGUGCCGAAGUGCCAACCCCAUACGCUGAGAAGCUGGAGAUCAUGAGCUUCCCGCAGGAGGAUACCAUCCUCGGCCAAGCUACCAAACUUCUCCGACUAUAG